CAGGCUGUGAGGUGACACGGAGCUGUGCCUGGGGAAGGGGUGAGGGCGGCAAGUAGCUCGGCAGGGCGGCGGCGGCCGCGGCGGUGGGGACGACGGCGGGCGCCUAGAUUUAUUUCCUAUCAACCACUGAUGAAGAUAUAUCUGUGUAUGUGCUGGAGUGACUGCCAGAACUCCCCUUUAUUGGCAAGAGACAGUCCAUUUGGUUCACUAAUUUUUGUUUUCCCUACUGCUUUGAGCUUUACUGUAAUGGCUGAAAAACUUGGAAAAUAAAAUGAACGUGCUGUGGUCUUGAACAUAAUUUUUUUGAGGAAAAAUUAAAGUGCCAGAGUGAAAGCCACAAUGGCAUCCAGAGAGAGGCUCUUUGAACUUUGGAUGCUUUAUUGUACAAAGAAAGAUCCAGAUUAUCUGAAGCUAUGGUUGGACAAUUUUGUUUCUAGCUAUGAACAGUUUUUAGAUGUCGACUUUGAAAAGCUGCCUACCAGGGUAGAUGAUAUGCCUCCGGGAAUAUCUCUGCUUCCUGAUAAUAUUCUUCAGGUUCUGAGGAUGCAGCUACUACAGUGUGUUCAGAAAACAGCCGAUGGUUUAGAGGAACAACAACAAGCCUUGUCAAUUUUGCUUGUCAAGUUCUUCAUUAUUCUUUGCAGAAAUCUUUCAAAUGUAGAAGAAAUUGGGACUUGCUCUUAUAUUAACCAUGUCAUCACCAUGACAACACUCUAUAUUCAGCAAUUAAAAAGCAAACAAAAGGAGAAGGAAAUGGCGGAUCAGACAUCUAUUGAAGAAUUUGUGAUCCAUGCAUUGGCAUUUUGUGAAAGUUUGUAUGAUCCAUAUAGGAAUUGGAGACAUAGAAUUUCGGGACGAAUCCUUAGUUCUGUGGAAAAGAGCAGACAGAAAUAUAAGCCAGCUUCUCUCACAGUGGAGUUUGUUCCUUUCUUUUAUCAAUGUUUUCAGGAAAGUGAACAUCUCAAGGAAAGUCUUAAAUGUUGCUUACUACAUCUCUUUGGAGCCAUUGUAGCCGGUGGGCAGAAAAAUGCUUUGCAAGCAAUUUCUCCAGCCACCAUGGAAGUUCUUAUGCGAAUUUUGGCAGAUUGUGAUUCUUGGGAGGAUAGCGAUCCUGAAGAAGUGGGGAGGAAGGUAGAACUAACUCUGAAGUGCCUUACAGAAGUGGUACAUAUCCUUCUCACUAGCAGCUCUGACCAGCGUCAAGUGGAAACCAGUACUAUUUUGGAGAACUAUUUUAAGUUCCUCAAUUCAGAUCAUUCUGCUUUACCUAAUAAAAAGAGAUCCAGACAGUGGGAAAGCCGGUUUAUAGCUCUACAGAUCAAAAUGCUGAAUACCAUCACAGCCAUGUUAGAUUGCACAGAUAGACCUGUUCUUCAGGCCAUUUUUCUUAACAGUAAUUGUUUUGAACAUCUCAUACGACUGCUACAGAACUGCAAGGUGUUUCAGGGCCAGUUGGAUUGCUUGGCAGUAUCAACCAUUCAGGCUCUGACAGCAGUAAUGAACAAAUCUCCAGCUGCUAAGGAAGUAUUCAAAGAAAGAAUCGGUUAUUUACAUAUGUUUGAAGUUCUAAAAUCUUUGGGUCAGCCAUCACUGGAACUGCUUAAAGAACUUAUGAAUAUGGCUGUAGAGGGUGAUCACACAUCAGUUGGGAUUUUGGGCAUUAGUAAUGUCCAUCCUCUCUUGCUUCUUAUCCAGUGGCUUCCAGAGCUAGAAUCCUAUGACCUGCAAAUCUUCAUUUCUGAUUGGCUGAAAAGAAUUUGUUGUAUUAAUAGGCAAAGUCGAACUACUUGUGUCAAUGCAAACAUGGGAAUUAGAAUAAUUGAAACCCUUGAAUCCCAUUCUUCCCUCCAUCGACUGUGUGCUGAGAACUUGAUUGCAAUCCAUGGUUCCCUGGGGAGUCAGUCAGUGAGCUUAGAAGAAGUCCGUCGACUCCUAAGAUUGCUGAGAGUGGAUGAAUCUGCAUGUAUACACUCAUACACCAUUCCUGUGACUCGAGCAAUCCUGACAAUGGCCCGAAAACAAAGUCUAGAAAGUGCCCUUCAGUAUUUUAAUUUAUCACAUAGUAUGGCAGGAAUUUCUGUUCCUCCCAUACAGAAAUGGCCAGGGUCUGCAUUUUCUUUCAGUGCUUGGUUUUGUUUAGAUCAGGAUCAGUUGACUCUUGGCAUUGCUAACAAAGGAGGAAAAAGAAAGCAGUUAUACAGCUUUUUUACAGGAAGUGGCAUGGGUUUUGAAGCUUUUAUUACCCAUUCAGGUAUGUUAGUUGUGGCGGUGUGCACAAAAAGAGAAUAUGCAACAGUUCUCCUUCCUGACCACAGUUUCUGUGAUUCUCUCUGGCACAAUAUAACAAUUGUUCACAUGCCGGGAAAAAGGCCCUUUGGUCAGAGUCUUGUCUAUAUAUAUGACAAUGGACAACAGAAGGUCUCUGCCCCUCUCAGAUUUCCUGCCAUGAAUGAACCUUUUAUUUCCUGUUGUAUUGGUUCAGCUGGGCAAAGAACCACCACUCCUCCACCAUCCCAAAUCCCAGAUCCACCAUUUUCUUCACCCAUCACCCCUCAUCGGACAUCAUUUGGUGGAAUUUUGUCAUCAGCCUCCUGGGGAGGUACAAUUGAAAAAUCAAAAUCUGUUACCAAAUUAAUAUCAGCUGGAACCCAAGAUAGUGAAUGGGGAUGUCCCACAUCCCUGGAGGGCCAGCUAGGUUCUGUUAUCAUCUUCUAUGAAGCACUACAGCCUCCUCAUGUGAAGGCAUUAUAUUUAGCAGGUCCAAAUUGUUUAAGUCCUUGGAAAUGUCAAGAGUCUGAUAUGGCUGACCUGCCUGGUAACAUCCUUCUUCACUACACAGCAAAGGCCUGCAAAAAUUCAAUUUGCCUUGAUUUAUCUACUAAUUGUUUACAUGGAAGAUUAACAGGAAAUAAAGUAGUGAACUGGGACAUUAAGGACAUCAUAAACUGCAUCGGUGGAUUAAACAUCCUCUUUCCUUUAUUGGAACAAAUCAGCUACUUUAAUGAAGGACAGAUGGCUGAAGGAAUGAAUGAAAGCACAGUUCCUGAAUUGAUAGCACCCAUAGAAGGAGAGUGUAUGAUAUUGGCCUCCACAAAAGCAUCAGAGUCCAGACUAGAAAAAAAUCUAGUUGCAACAUUUAUCUUGAUUAUGAAGCACUUUAUUCAGAGACAUCCUAUCAACCAGGACAAUCUUAUUCAGUCCCAUGGAGUUGCAACUCUUGGUGCCUUACUUCAGAAGGUGCCAGGUACCUUAAUGGAUGUUAAUGUAUUGAUGGCAAUUCAACUACUAAUUGAACAAGUAUCAGUAGAGAAAAAUAUGCCCCUGCUGCAGCAAAUGUAUCAUUAUUUACUCUUUGAUUUCAAUAUUUGGAACCGUGGAGAUUUUCCCUUUCGAAUUGGUCAUAUACAAUACCUUUCAACGAUUAUUAAAGAUAGCAGGAGAGUUUUCCGAAAGAAGUAUGGUGUGCAGUUCCUCCUAGAUACACUUAGGAUUUAUUAUGGAUGUGGUUGUAAAUAUAAUGAACUAUCUCCAGAUGAUAUUCGAACAAUAAGGACUUCUUUAUAUGGAUUAAUUAAAUAUUUUCUGUGCAAAGGUGGAACUCAUGAAGAAAUACAAAGUAUUAUGGGUUACAUAGCUGCUACUAAUGAAGAAGAACAGCUCUUUGGAAUUUUGGAUGUAGUCUUUGGUCUACUACGUACCAGCCCAACUAGAGGACAGCUUUUCUUACUGCUGUUUGAACCAGGAAAUGCUGAUAUACUUUAUGCCUUGCUGUUAAAUCAGAAAUAUUCGGACAAAUUAAGAGAAAUCAUUUUUAAGGUUAUGGAACAAAUGUUGAAAUGCAAAAAUGUGUAUGAACGAAGUAAACAACGUAUUCGACUUAGAGAAGUUGGCUACUCAGGAUUGGGACUCCUUCUUAAUGAAUCACUCAUUAAUACUACUCUCAUUAAAAAUCUUACCAAUCAAAUCAUCAAUACAGAUCCUGUUAUUAAUUUCAAGGAUCUGCUAUCUGUUGUAUAUAUAUCACACAGAACAUACAUAAAUGUCAGAGUGGUUCUCUGUAGAAAGAAAAUGUUAGAGUGGGCAGUCACAGAAAACAGAGAAGCAAAAAUUAAUCUGAUAACUGCUGAAAAUGCCUUCCGACUUACACUGAUCAUACAAGACUUUCUAUACUCUGAGGGACUAGUCAAUUCAAACAUGUGGGCUGAGAAGCUGUUAGAGGAUAUCAUGCUACUCUUCGACUGUCUGUCAUUAUGGUAUUCUGAGAGUCCAGUGUGGGUAAAACUCUCUCAAAUUCAGAUCCAGUUGCUUUUGGGAUUCAUUGAAAAGGGAAGUUUGCAGGUUUGUGCAAUGGCAUCAGCUAAGCUAAAUACCCUUCUUCAGACUAAAGUGAUUGAAAAUCAGGAUGAAGCCUGUUACAUUUUAGGGAAGCUAGAACAUGUUCUUAGUCAGUCAAUCAAAGAACAGACUGAAAUGUAUUCAUUUCUGAUUCCCCUUGUUCGUACUCUGGUUUCAAAAAUUUAUGAGCUUCUCUUCAUGAACUUGCACCUACCUUCUUUACCUUUUACCAAUGGUAGUUCCUCAUUUUUUGAAGAUUUUCAAGAUUAUUGCAGUUCAAAUGAAUGGCAAGUUUACAUUGAGAAAUAUAUUGUACCUUACAUGAAGCAGUAUGAAACACAUACAUUUUAUGAUGGUCAUGAAAACAUGGCACUUUAUUGGAAGAAUUGUUAUGAAUCCUUAAUGGUGAAUAUGCAUAAACGAGAUCGAGAAGGAGGGGAAAGCAAGCUCAAAUUUCAGGAGUUUUUUGUGGAGCCAUUUAAUCGAAAAGCACGCCAAGAAAACUUGAGGUAUAAUAAUAUGCUUAAACAACUUAAUAGCCAACAGUUGGCUACUCUUAGAUGCUGGAAGGCAGUGCGACUCUAUAUCACAGGCGAAAGAGGUCCUUGGGCGGAAAGGAAACAGACUCCAAUUCACUGGAAACUAGCUAAUGUAGAAAAUUAUUCCCGCAUGAGACUCAAACUGAUGCCAAAUUAUAAUUUCAAAACACAUGAAGAAGCUAGUGCCUUAAGAGAUAAUUUUGGUGUCCAACAGUCACAGCCUUCCAGUGAUUCGUUGCUUUUGGAAGCAGUAAAACAAGUUAAAGUUAGUGAUUUGGAGGAGGAUAAAUUAGAACUUCUUGAAGAAGACUUAACAGCCAAAGUAUAUAUUGAUGACAAAGAACAGGAUCAAAAAGAAAAAUUGGUGUUGACAGAAGACUGUGAACUCAUUACAAUAAUUGACAUAAUUCCUGGCAGAUUAGAAAUCACUACUCAGCAUAUUUACUUCUAUGAUAGCAGCAUUGAAAAAGAAGAUGGAAUAGGCUUUGAUUUCAAGUGGCCUCAUUCUCAAGUUCGAGAGAUUCACUUACGGCGUUACAAUUUAAGGAGAUCAGCUCUUGAGAUUUUCCAUGUUGACCAAUCCAACUACUUUCUUAAUUUCAAAAAAGAGGUUAGAAAUAAAGUAUAUAGCAGACUGUUGUCCCUUCAUUCUCCAAAUAGUUAUGGGACGAGAUCACCACAGGAGUUAUUCAAAGCAUCAGGACUGACACAGAAAUGGGUGAACAGAGAGAUAUCAAAUUUUGACUAUCUCAUUCAAAUAAAUACCAUGGCAGGAAGAACCUAUAAUGACCUUGCACAAUAUCCUGUGUUUCCCUGGAUUUUACAAGAUUAUACUUCAGAAGAGUUGGAUCUUAAUAAUCCUGCCGUAUUUCGAGAUCUUUCUAAACCAAUUGGAGUAGUUAAUGAUAAAAAUGCCAAAGCCAUGCGAGAAAAAUAUGAAAAUUUUGAGGAUCCUAUGGGAACUGUUGAUAAGUUUCAUUAUGGUACUCACUAUUCCAAUUCUGCAGGAGUCAUGCACUAUCUUAUCCGGGUAGAACCAUUUACUACCCUCCAUAUUCAGCUUCAGAGUGGAAGGUUUGACUGUGCUGACCGACAGUUCCAUUCCAUUCCUGCUACCUGGCAAGCGCUCAUGGAUAAUCCUUAUGAUGUGAAAGAACUUAUUCCUGAAUUCUUCUAUUUCCCAGAGUUUUUGGAAAAUCAAAAUCAUUUUAAUUUGGGUCGUCUUCAAGUCUCCAAAGAGCUAGUAAAUGAUGUCAUUCUUCCCAAAUGGGCUAAAUCAGCUGAAGAUUUCAUCUGUAAACAUAGAAAAGCUCUGGAGUCUGAAUAUGUUUCUGCUCACCUUCAUGAAUGGAUAGAUCUAAUUUUUGGGUAUAAGCAGAGAGGUCCAGCAGCAGUGGAAGCACUUAAUGUUUUCUAUUACUGUACUUAUGAAGGAGCUGUUGAUCUGGAUGCCUUAACAGAUGAAAAGGAAAGAAAAGCCUUAGAAGGGAUGAUUAAUAAUUUUGGGCAAACACCCUGUCAGUUGUUAAAGGAACCACAUCCUCCUAGAUUAUCAGCAGAAGAAGCAAUACAGAAGCAGACCAAGACAGACACAUCAACUCUCAACCUAUUUCAACAUCUCCCUGAACUCAAGUCAUUUUUUAUAGAGGGCAUUAGUGAUGGUAUUCCACUAUUAAAGGCCAUUGUCCCCAAAAAUCAGUCUCGUUCUUUUAUGUCUCAAGGCAGCCCUGAGUUACUGGUAACAGUGAGUAUGAAUUAUGUUAUUGGAACCCAUGGAUGGCUGCCUUAUGAUAGAAACAUUUCUAAUUAUUUUACAUUCAUCAAGGAUCAAACAGUGACAAAUCCAAAAACUCAACGUAGUAUGAAUGGUCCUUUUGCUCCAGGGCUGGAGAUUACCUCCAAGCUGUUUGUGGUUUCACAUGAUGCAAAGUUGCUCUUCAGUGCUGGACACUGGGAUAAUAGCAUUCAAGUGAUGUCACUUACAAGAGGCAAAAUUAUCUCACACAACAUCAGACAUAUGGAUAUUGUGACUUGCUUAGCUACAGAUCACUGUGGAAUUCAUUUGAUUUCCGGUUCCAGAGAUACUACAUGUAUGAUAUGGCAAAUAAUAAAUCAGGGAGGCACUCCUGUGGGCUUAACAUCUAAACCUCUUCAGGUUUUAUAUGGACACACUGAUGAAGUAUUGAGUGUGGGCAUCAGCACAGAACUAGACAUGGCAGUGUCAGGAUCAAGGUCUUCUAGCUUGACUCUGAGUGUCACUCCAUUAGCCAUGAGAUUGCCUAUCCACUGUGUUUGUGUGACCAAAGAAUACAGCCAUAUUCUUGUAGGUUUAGAAGAUGGAAAAUUGAUUGUAGUGGGUGUUGGCAAGCCAGCUGAGAUGCGUUCGGGUCAGCUUUCUCGAAAAUUGUGGGGAUCUAGUAAGCGACUCAGCCAGAUUUCAGCUGGAGAAACAGAAUAUAAUACUCAAGAUUCCAAGUGAUUACUUUUCUAUCCUCCCACGAUGAAUAACUGAAUCUUGAUUUACUGCUUUGUAAUCCUAACCACAUCUCUCCACUGUCCAAAGGCCUUAAGUCUUUUAUCCCUAAAAAAGUAAUUUAGAGAUUACUAUAAUUUGGUACAUUAGGUUGUUUUAUUACCAACAUUCAAAAUUUGUGGUUAACAUGGAAUUGAGGCUUAUUAACUAACUCUUGGUCUAUAUACUAAAUUAGAUUUGAGAAAAUAUUUGAUUUAGCUCAGUGACUCAUUACUAAAGAUCAUUAAAUACAUUUUUUAAACUUCCAAAAUUAAGAAAUCAUGUUCAAUUCAUUAAUUUUGAAUAGAAAAAUGAAAGGUAUCUUUAUUAAAAGUGUAGAUAAUAGGACCGUUGAGAAAUGUGGCUUUUCAUUCCUUCUUUAAUCAUUUUCCUAUUUACUACUACAUAAGUAAUAUCAGUUCACUUAAGAACCUUCUGAUAGAAGUAAAUAAAUUUUAAGGUACUGCUGCGCACUCAGAUUUUCAAAAGUUCCAAUUUAUGUACUAAGAUUAUAAUCACAGUAUUGAAACUGGCAGUUGGUUCAUCCCACUACUAUUUAACAUACUAGUAAUGAAAAUUUAUUGAGUUGUAUUAUUCUUUUUAAAUAAUAAAAAUUGGGUAGGAGAAAGGUAAACUAGAGAUGUAUUUCACAGAUACAAUUCCUUAAUAGUAUAUUUAAGCAAGAAUGCUGACUGUGACUUUGAAGAUUUGUCUUUUAAAAGUAGCAUAUGUUGUACAAUUUACAUUGAAAUUUUCAAAUUAUCUUGACUUUUUUUCUAAUAAGUAUAUACUAUGUUUUGCUCUGAUAAUUAGAAGAAUUAGUAAUAAUAUUCAGAUGUACUACUUUCAUAUGUUGAAUGCAUUUUCAGGAAAGAAUGAUUUCAGAGUUUCCUUAGUCUGUGAACAAUGAUAACAAAAGACUUCUCAAGUUUUUGUUUGUAUUUGGUUUUUUUGUGCAUGUGAGUGUGCUGGUACUGGGGCUUGAUCUCAAGGCCUAAUGCUCUUGCUUGGAUUUUUACUCAAGACUGGCACUCUACUUGAUCCACUUGAUCUACUUGAUCCAUUUCUGGCCUUUUGCUGGCUAAUUGGUGAUAAGAGUCUAAAAGACUUUUCUGCCCAUACUGG